AGUUCAUAUUUCUUUAUAAAGAUCUAUAUUAUUUGUUUUUUUUUUCUACGUUUCAGAUACUACAUUUCCAUCCACUUAUAUUGUAGAAUAAAAGAAUCCUUAAAAGUUGAUGCUCCAGAUGAUCAGAAGUAUUAUAACAAUCUUCUGAGGGGCUGUUUGUGGAGAAAAUUUUUUAAUUGGAUUUUGCAUUGCAGAUAAGUGUAUGUGAAGUAUUUUUGGACUAAUGAUUAGUUAAUUAUUGUAGCUUGAUGAAUGUGUUACCGUAUUUCUUGCAGUUGAUGUUUUAGUCCAUCUGAUUCAGCAAACUAAACAAGCACAUUGAUCCCAAUAAUGCUCUUUAGCUUCCCUUAGAAACCUUAAUGGUUGAUUUUUAAAGAGUCCACAUGAAUUUCUCUUUCAGAUGCAUAAGGUAAAACCACAACAAUUUUAUGUUGAUUUUUUAGUUUACUCACUGCAACAUUCAACCAUCCAUCUCAGUUAGGCUUGCACUGCUUAGUGCAGUGGGGGUUUGCUACAAGUCAAGAAAGUUGCCAUUGCUUAUAUAACUUCGCCAAAAGAUUGUUGGGAACUAACUCAAAUCUAGCUAGCCAUGCCAAGCUGACCACACACGUUGUGGAAGCUACUAAACAUAACAUGAUGGAUGAACCGUUAGUGUAUAAACAAAUUAAUGCCAUCUCAACAUAUAUAUAUUUAUUUAUUUAUUACUAAGGUAUGCAGGUUUACGUGGUUCUCUGCAGCAUAACAACUUUCUGUGAUAUUUGCAGGUUUUCUUUGCUCUCCAUCUUAACUCUUAAGACCCAUGAUCAAUUCAGAUUUGUAAGUCUGAGGGUUUUAUGUGAUCAAUGCGGCAGUGGAUGAAGUUAAAUAAGUAUAGAAAAAUUGUUUUGUUUAUAUACAUAAUUUACAAUAUGUAAAUUGUGAAUGAUGUAGCUGUGUAGAAAUAUUAACUGUAGUAUAUAUUUUUAAAACAAAAGAUUGAAAUGGAAAUGUAAAGUAUUAAAAUCUGCAUGUUAAGUAUUUAAAGAAGUAAUUGCAGAAAUUAAAUGUUAUAAAGUAUACAGAGGUAACGAUAUAGAAAGUUAAAAAGAGAACUUUUUUUUGUAAAAGGGGAUAGAAAACAUACAAUUAAAAUAUUUUUAGGAUAGCUGUCCAGGAUUCUCUUUAAACCAAUUAAAUAUUUAACCAGUGUGUUUUUCUUUGCUUUUUAUUUCAAUUGUAACACAGAGAAUUUAAAAUAUCCCAAAACCAUUCAAUUUAAAUCGAGAACUCUAAAGUGUAUGAGAUUAAAUAAGAAAAUAUUUACUUAAUCUAUACAAGAAUUAAUAUUAGGAAAAAAAGACCAAAAUAGCACUAAAUCAAGUUUUUGUUCCCAAACUAGCACUCAAGGUCAAAAGUCACAAAAAUAGCACUCAAGGGGUGGGGUUUAGGGUUUACAAUUUAGGGUUUAGGGUUUAGAGUUUAGGUUUUAGGGUUUAGAGUUGAGAAGUGAGGUUUUGGGGAUAAGAUUUCAAAUUUUGAAAAAUAAAAAAAUUUAAAUUUUUCAAAAGAUAAAAUGCUAUUUUGGUCAUUUUAGUUUUUGAGUGCUAUUUUUGUGAUAUAAACUUAAAAAGGUGUUAUUUUGGAGAUUUUCCCAUAUAUUAAUGCCAUAAUUCUUUAGUAUAGAAACAAUUAUUGUAAAUAAGCAAAAUAUAUCUUACCACAUAUAAUUUUUUUUCAUCUAAAAUUUUCUUAAAAACAAAAAUUAUUAUAUACAUAUCUCUUGCAAAUGCAACCCUAAAACACAAAUUACAAAAUCUUAUAAAAAUAAUAAUUUAAAUCAUAAGAAAAAUAUAUCCCGCCCGCAGGGCGGGCCAACCCUAGUUAUAAAUAUAAACCGGUUUGGUUUCGCUUUGAAUAUGGUACAUACUAUAAGUCUUUAGACCCGAUCGGAUUAGUUUAGGAGAGGUGUGAAAUGGUUUUCAUGUGACCGAAAAGGUUAACACAAUUAACGCAAAACGACAUUUUCACAAGUUUGGUAACACAAAGAUUACUUAAACUCACUUACAACAAAGUCUCGUUGUUGUAAACAACCUAACUAUAUGAAGAUUUUUGAGGUUAAAAGUGUUAAAACGCGUUUUACUAUUAAAAUACAAAUAUGAACUGAAAAUAUACACGUUAUUCUUUUUUUGUUAGAAUAAAAAAAAAUCAAAAACUCUAAAUUGGUAAUGGAUUUGCUCAAACUAUGGCAUCUUGACUUGUUCUACUUCCUAACACAACGGUACUUUUUCAUGUUUUCUUUUAACCAACAAAGAUCCAAAUGAAAAGGAAAAAAUUAAAUCAUACAUCGAAUGCUGCUUUGGUUAUCAUUUAUCAAUAGUGAUUUCUAUGCAUUUAAACUUAAUUCAUCUGUUAUAAACGUAUUUUGAAUCUGUUGUGAGUAAGGUCAAAUCACAUUGAAUUUAACCUGAUGUUUUUGCUAUUUAAAGUUACUGAUCGGUGAAUGUAAUCUAAACAACCGUCGCUGGAAUACUACGUGACUGUCACGUACUGUAAACUCACAGGCAACCCAUGCUAACAUCCUCGCAUCAUUUUUGGACAACGUUUUGUUUUUGUUGGUUACAACCUCAUUACACAAGACUUUCGGACAACAGCAAGUUUUGAAGUCCCGAGUAUACCCCUUACAGGGUUUCACGUAAAUUAAUUAAAUUUUGGCGAGGAAAAUACCUAAAAAUAGAGAAAAGCAGCUACAUUGCGUCUGCUAUUUCUGGUGACCAGAAACUAUUUUUAAACCAAACAUAAAUAGAAGGGUAGAUCGGGAAAUUCAAGAAAAUAUUAGCAGAAACGGGCAAGGCUCGCAUGUUACAUUGUCUCUUCUUCAACUUCAUGCAUACGCUUUAAUUAGAUUUUUUCUUUUCCACUUUCCGUUUUCAAGUUUUGUUAAACAGUAAAUAAACGAAUUUAAUUUUAGCUGUUUUUUUUUCUUCUAAUAAUCCUCUUGAGCGUGUUGUAUACAAAUAUUAAGCUUGAAUGCUUGUAGAUUCCACUUCUCUCUACUUUUUUUUCCUCCUCUUCUUGCUUCUUUUGUCUUUGUUAUCGAAGAUGGAAAGCUACAAGUGCAAGUUUUGCUUUAAGAGCUUCGUCAACGGAAGAGCAUUAGGUGGCCACAUGAGAUCUCACAUGCCAACUCUUCACAAGUUUAGCAUUCAAGAAGAAGAGGAAAGGCCGAGUCAACUCGGUGAUGAGAGUAAGUCGGAUGUUUCUUCGUCUGAAGAAGGACAAGCAAGUGGGCUGAGAGAGGAGAAGCAUCCAACGACGGAUGAUGAUGAUGGAAGCGAGACAGAGUCGUCGAGGAAUAUUGUUAACCUGAGGCGGAAACGUUCCAAGCGAACUCGGAAACUCGAUUCGUUCUCCAGCAAGAAAAUGAAAACGAGUCAACUCGGUUACAAGAACGAGCCUGAGGCUGAGGCUGAGCCUCCUCAAAGCUCAGCUUCUGAUACAACGACGGAGGAAGAUCUCGCGUUUUGUCUCAUGAUGCUCUCAAGAGACAAAUGGAAGAAGAACAAAACUAGUAGUAGUAAAGAAGUACUUGAAGAGAUCGAGACAGAAGCAUCAGAAGGUUACAAAAUUAAUCGAGCAACAACAACUACGAAAGGGAGAUACACGUGCGAGACAUGUGGGAAGGUGUUUAAAUCUUAUCAAGCAUUAGGUGGGCAUAGAGCAAGUCACAAGAAGAACAGAGUCACCAACAAAACAGAGCAAACAGAGUAUGGAAAUGUAGUUGUUGCUCCAGAGAAGAGAAUCCAUGAAUGUCCGAUUUGUCUUAGAGUUUUCGCGUCGGGACAAGCACUUGGUGGGCAUAAAAGAUCACAUGGAAUAGGGAACUUCUCUGUAAAUCAUCAAGUACGUGGAACCGUGUCAGUGAAAGAGAAGAUGAUAGAUCUUAAUCUUCCAGCACCAACCGAGGAAGAAGAAGUCUCUAUGGUGUUUCAAUGAAUGCUUGAAAAAGGUAACAGACUUUGCGUGAUUCGGGUCGUCCAUAUUUUCGUAAAGUUUGAAUCUUUUUCUUUUUACUAUUAUUAUUUAUUUUGUUAGAAAAUAAAAACCUAAAAUGUUUAUUUUAAAUGAAAAGUAGAGGCUACUUUUACAUGUUCUAACGCCAGUUCUUGGCCUCACGUCGUGUUGGCCUUAACCAUAUCAAUCAAAGAACAUUCAAAUAAGCUUCUACUUAGUUUUUA